UUUCAACACCCACCCCACCCAAAAAUGACUUCCGAACCGCGCGAACUCCUGCGGCAAUUAUUCCAGGCAACUGAGUCCCUCAGGAAACAGACUAUUCCUGAGGCCGAGCUGCAGCCUCAUCUAGUAACAGAUGCGGAGAAAGCCUCCCUCAGUGGGAAGCGACACAAAAUCCCCUCGGCCCCCUCCAUUGAAGCACGACUAUCUAGCCUUGAUUUGGGCGCCGCUCUCAUCGACAAAUUAUCUGCACAAUACCAAACCCAUUGCGAACAACUGCGCCAAAAAUCUCAGAGAAUACUCGAUCGUGCUUGCGACGACAUGGUUGUGCUACCACGACAAGAGACACUGGUUCCUCUGUCGAAAGUCCUUUCAAGACUUGCCGAGGCACAUACCACCGCCUAUGCCAAGGCAGUUAAAGGCGCAGAGGAGACCGUCUGCACCGUCCUCGCCCCGAUGCUCAAAGAGAGAUGCCUUCAAACGCGGAGCCAGUCCUCACAACAGACGUCUCCGCGUUCACUACCUCAGGACCGCAGAGUGUCGCCCAAAUUCAACUACGAAUUCACGCCCUAUCUACAGCAAUACUUUGCCCACAACGCCUUUCCCUCGCCUGCCGAGCGCGCGGAAAUGGCGCGCAAGUCCGGAAUGGAGGCGCGGCAGAUUGAAGUCUGGUUCCAGAACCACCGCCGACGGGCGAGACAAGAAGGACAGACGCUGCGGCGGGUGCAACCGUCGUCUCGGGGGCUGUCGCCGACUGAGCUCGAUGAGAAGAUGGAUCCGGCGUUCGUCAUCCCGGAGGAGCGGAGGCUCGAGAUCGACGACGAAGCGGAGGAGGUCGGCACGUCGAGCGAUGAGGAGACCGACUCGUCCGUGUCGAGUCCGGCCGCUUCCCACGCAGGAAUGGAACACAAUCCGCUCGAGAUGGUAAUGCCGACGCGCGGCCUUGCCCCGCGCCGGACGUACGAAACGAUGGACGAGAUCGCCAGCUCGGGCCGCACGUGGUCGUUCGCCCCGCCGACCUGGGCAGUGCGCGCCCCCGCGCCGAAACCCAGCCCGGCGCCCAGCAUCUCCGCGCUGACAGCUGCGUUCGCGCGCCUGACGGUGUGGGACGUCGGCCGCAGUGCGGGCGCGCGGUUCUGCCUCCCCACGGCGUAUACUCCCCCACGCGCGCCGCUGCCGGCGUUCGUCCGCGCGGCGAACAAGUUUGCGCCGCACCCCGUGCAGUCGUGCGUCGCGCGGACGACAGAGUGCUGCGUUGCGGCUGCUGGACCCCGGGCGACGGGGACGGCGACGGGGACUACGAAGAGCAAGAAGAGCAAGAAGGUGUCGGGGCCGCCGCGGCGGACGCCGACGCGCAGCAGCCGUAGCGCGAGCCCCGCGUGGUCGGAGCGAUCCGAGUCGGGGUACUCCUCGUCGGCGUCGCGCACGCCGUCGCUCAGCGUGUCGCGCCGGUCGUCGUCGUCCGAUUUGUCGUCGAUGCCUGGGACACCCCCGAGCGGGCCGCUGCCACUGCCGUUUUCGGUCAGGUUUGGGGGCACGGAGAAGGCGUGAUGGGCCGGGGCUUCCGGCCGGCGUGCCUUGCUUCCCUCCCUCUGCCGAACAUCCGGCGUGCCCGUUCUCUGGGGCUGCGCGUCCGGCCUGGUCGCGAACCGAGCGGCGCGUGCUCGUUCGCUCAGUCUCACUUAUGCUUAUACCCUGUACAUACCUCACCAACACCAACACAUCAUCAUGUAUUAUGCCCUAUGUAUCCCGUACCUCUGUAGCUUAGCAACCCAUGCCCAUUUGGUGUCCCAGCCCAGACUACGUCAGGCGCGCCGCGACGCCCGGUGGCCGGAUCAGGCAGGUGGCGCUGCGGACGCACGUCGCGCGUUCUGCAGGCGCCGUGCGAGUGGACCGGCGUCAAUCGAUCUACGCGAAGCGGCCGUCGCGUAGGGCGCGCCUGCUCGGGUCGUGUGGCGGGGGCGUGCAGGCGCGUCGAUGGAGUACAUACAUCUAUCUACAUAUCUGCCACAGGUUGUUGUUGUAUGCCGCACUCAUGCGACCCGGUCAGGGGUUGUUGCACCAGUAUGUAUGUAAGAGCUGUUCGCGUCGCCGAUGGCAAGCGGGUGGGCGAGUCGCUUGCGCUUCUGUCCUGCACGUAUCCGCGAAUCAAUUGAGCACAGCGUCGGUGUCCUGGCUGCUGCACCGCCGACACCGCCGUAUCCAGGACGUGCAAUGCAUCCAUAGAACAGCACCGAUCAUCGACAAGACAGUCUUCCGGCGAAUCGCCGCUGCAGUGCCGUCGGGAUCACCGAAGACCUGUUGAUGGCUCGGUGGUGCACCGAUCUGAGCGUCCCAACGUCCCGGUCGGUUUCAUCCGGCACUUGAGCAGCGGUGGACCGCUCGCAGAACGCGGUCACUACACCCACACCACGCCAGCCGCGCCGCCGUCCCGUCCAGACAUCGCUGCCAAGGCCGAUCACGGCGCGGGACCAGGUCGCGUCAGCCAGAUCCUCCCGACAACCUCCAGCAGCCGGAAACAUCUGAGCACAACCGACCCACUGGACGACGACGGCAGCCCAACGGUCCGUGCGGAUGUCGGCUGAUCUGCGGAGGACCCACACCACAGGCGUGGUGGGUUUCGAGCUGGUCUACCGUCUCCACACGCGAGGGAGGCAAGCGGCUUCGGGUAUAUCAGCUCGAGCGCGUCGACGCGUGGCUGGGGUUCGGUUUGAUUCCGUGGAACAGGGUUUUGUAGCGCCGGUAGUAUAGGUCUCGGGUGUAGCGAUAGUUUGGAAUGGGCUGCUGCAAGUGGAAGUCCGGGCUAGAGGCGGCGAGACGGAUAUCGGAGAAGGAACGGACCGGGACCCGGGAGCCACAGCGUCCAUAGACAAAUAAUCCGAUAUCUGGGCGAACGGGGCGAUCAUCCGGCGCGCAGCAAAGACGACGUUGUCUGCUGUUGUCUCGUCUGACGCAUGUGCGAUCAGCGUUUCAAGCGCGUCUUGCAGAGUUUGGCAGCCCGUGAACCGUAUUUGCGACCGAUCCAAGAGUGAAUGGGUCGGGUCACAUCCCGUUGCAAGUCGGACCGGCAUCGGCAUAGUGAGCACAGAAACAUAAUCCAGAUACGUCUGGUGCGUAUCCCCCUGCCGUGCUUUCUCCGCUCCGGUUUCGGCGCGGACAUCACUGGCGGUGCUGCUGCUGCUGCCUGUCUGUGCGAGGGCC